UCUUUUUUUUUUUGGGUGAAUUAAGGAAUAGGAUUUUGUUACUAUAGGAGGUUUUUCUGUAUAUAUUUUUAGUCUCUGCUAAAGACUCGAAUGACUUGGAAUUUGGUUUGCUUUUGGUAUUCUUUUUGAUCUGCUGCUCGCUGAUAUUUAUUCUGAAAAAAGUCUCAAGCUUUGAAAGAAAGAGCUAGAGAAAAGCUUUAUACGCUGCCAGUAAUUAAAAUCCAUCUCUUGCUUUCUUCAUUUUUUUGGAUUUUGGGAAAGGAGGAAUAAAAGAAUGGUUUCCCAGACGCUUGGAUUAGUGAAGGAGGAGCUUCCCGUUGAACAAAAAUCCAUUUUGCUUUCUGGGGAUGUUACUACUGGUCUUGUCAUUGUGGACGUUGUUAAUGGUUUCUGUACCGUUGGUGCUGGCAAUUUGGCUCCAAGGCAGCCCGAUGAGCAGAUUUCUACAAUGGUGGAGGAGACCGUGAAGCUUGCCAGAGCGUUCUGUGAGAAGAAAUGGCCCGUAUUUGCUUUCCUUGAUUCCCAUCAUCCUGAUAUUCCCGAGCAUCCUUAUCCUCCUCAUUGCAUAGCCGGAACUGAAGAAGCUAAACUAGUUCCGGCCCUGCAAUGGUUGGAGAAUGAGCCUAAUGCAACGCUUAGAUGCAAAGAUUGCAUUGAUGGGUAUCUUGGUUCGAUUGAGAAAGACGGAUCUAACGUGUUUGUUGAUUGGGUUAAGAAUAAUCAGAUCAAAGCUAUUGUGGUCGUGGGAAUAUGCACGGACGUAUGUGUGCUGGAUUUUGCAUGCUCUGCAUUAUCUGCAAGAAAUCGUCGUAUUCUUACUCCUCUCGAGGAUGUGAUUGUGUACUCCGGUGGCUGUGCAACUUUUGAUAUUCCAGUUGAGGUUGCUAGGACUGCCAACAAUGUUAUAUCUCAUCCUCAGAAUCUGAUGCAUCACAUAGGCCUAUACAUGGCCCAGGGAAGGGGAGCAAAAGUGGUAUCAGAAGUAUCAUUUGGUGCGAAAGAGCCAUGAACUUGGCUUAUCUCUGUUGUUGGAACAGGCUUUUCUGAUAUGUGGGUGGUGGAAAGUUGUCUGUACUUGGUGGCUGAAUAGUUGAAGGGAAAAAGAAAGGCAACUAGAAUUAGUAUUUUUGGAAUCCUUUGUGCAUAUCUGGGUCAAUAAAAAUGACGGAAUAAAGGUAUUAGAAUUAGUUCUGUGGCUGGGAAAGUUUAUGGAUUGGCUUGUUAUGGUGUUCACCUAGUCAUUAUGAUUACUGCCGAAUGUUGUGCGACCUGUAGAAAUGUUAAUUUGUUAUGUGUGCUGGGCAGCCUGUAAUAUCAUAAUGGAAUGAAGUUUCAGAUGAUAAAUAAGAUGAUCAUCCCUCCAAUGCUUCCUUGCAUGUGCAUUGAUGGGGAAAUUGUAGCUUCUGAAUGUAAGUUACAGAACCAUACGUAAUAAUAGACUUUUUACAAGUGUGAUUUUUCUAUUA